AUGAAAUUCCUUUUAUUAACAUUUAUAAUCAUUUCAAUUUAUGGAUGUGUUGUUCAAUGUGAUGAUGUUGGUGAAUCAUUCACAAAAUUCAAUAUUGGAUCUCAAAACUUUAAAAAACAAUCAAUGUUUUCUAUUGAAUUUGAUAUUGAUGAAAGAACAAUUAUCUCAUCAGUCAACGGAAGAUCAAAGCAUUCUGAAAUGAAUGCCACUCAUUUGGAACAAAUUAUGGAAGUAAUCAAUAGUUUUAGAAAUGGAUUCCAUGGUGAAAAUGGUCAACAUUUCUGUGAAUCCUCUGAUCCAGAAUCAACCUCUACUUUUACCAUUCCAGCUCAAGCCAAUUAUCCAGAAGAAUUUUCUAUUAGUUGGGAUGAACCACGUUGUCAAAAUAUUCCAAAUUUCAUAACUGUCAUGGAUCAAUAUAAAAAGAAUUAA